AUGCAUCUUUACCGACCUACGUUUUCCUUCACUAUUCCUUCAAUUUAUGAUGGCCGUCAACUCGAAUGCCGUGUUUAUUUGCCCCGUCACUUUGAAAAUAUAGAAUCGACACCUCCCAGACGCAUUCAGGGCGCUAUCUUCGCCCACCCCUACGCAUCACUAGGUGGCAGCUACGAUGAUCCCGUGGUCGGUUUUAUCGGCGGGGAGCUCCAGCAUGCAGGCUUUAUCGUGGGAACAUUCAACUUCCGGGGAGCUGGAGGGUCCGAAGGACAAACUAGCUGGACCUCCAAACCCGAACUGGGAGAUUAUACAUCGUUUUAUGGGUUCAUGCUAUACUACCUGAGUGCUUUGAUAUCUGUCCAGGGGUUUAGUGAAGGUAACCAAGACGGAGGUAUUGAUCUCAUUCUCGGUGGAUACUCCUACGGGUCUAUGAUUGCCUCCAAUGUCCCAACGCUUGAUGUCAUGAUUGAUCUAUUUCGACCUGGCCUUGGCACCGGCAGCGUAUCUCCGGGCACGCCCAUUGAUCGGAUCUUCAGAGAGGCAAGGAAGAUCGCUGCAGCGACAAUGCCAGGUUCUGUAGCAACAAGGGUAGAGGACCGUGAUGACGAGGGGCUCCGCGCGUCAACCUUGAUCUCUUAUCUCCUUGUCUCGCCAUUACUACCCCCAGUAAGUUCUUUUCUGACAGCGUUUACCACUCUUUCGGUAGAUGUGGGGGACCGGUCAGCUCAGGCCCGACCCGCUCGUCCAGCCGACCAGCUGAGUGCUCACCGGACACUGGCAUUAUUUGGGGAUGAUGACACCUUUACCUCUGUGAGUAAAUUGCGGAGAUGGUCAGCCGAGUUAGGCCGCAUGCCGCAUAGUCAAUUUAGGGGGUGUGAGAUUGAGGGCGCGGGGCAUUUUUGGCGAGAGGAUGGAGUGGAACAGGAGGCGAGGGAGAUACUGCGGGAAUGGCUCCGUGGUUAUACAUGA